AUUUCCAGGACUGCCCAGAUAGACCCUGUCUACUCAAAAAAUAAAAUUCAUUCCAAUAAAGAAAAAGUUUUGCUUGUUGUGAGGCCUUGGUGAUCUUCACUGCAAGGCUGAGCCUGGUAGCUCUUGACAGAAACACCACCCAGCCCCUCCCCAGCACCCAGGGUGAGUGGUUUCUAGGUUUCCCUUUCCUGAAAGGUUCUACUGAGAUGUCACAGGUCUGGCUCAGGUCUGUAUGCAGCUGGAGGUUGAGGAGAUACCCACUGAACCACAGCAGGCCUGAAGGUGGCGCUUGGGCUUCAGAGUUCCUGAGGUACCUGUGGUGCCCCAGACACUGAUCCUGAGUCUACAGGGCUCACCAUGGCCUUGUGCCCCAACUGUCCUCACACUGGAAGCAACUUGAAGCCUGGGUUCCAGGGCCAGUCAGGCCUCCCUCCCUCCCUCCCGUCCUCCCUCCAGGCUUCUGAAGGAAUCUUAGCUUGGAGCCAGGUGGAUUUUUCUUGGUCCUGGCUAGGUGCAAGACCCUGGGUAACCCUUCCUUGAGCCUCCAUUUCCUGUUUUGUCAAACACAGGGGACCAGGCCUGUAGGGUUGUGGCUUGCAUGUUAUACAACAUGGGCCCAGGCCUCAGGAUUCAGUGGUGCACCAUUCUGAGUCUGACAGGAGCUGAGCACGCUCUCUACUGUCCCCAGGAGUCUCAGCCUCUGCUGCUGCUGCUUCUAGGAGCGUGCUCACUCCCUCAGCCGCGCCCUCAUUCCCCGCCCCCACCCCUGCCCCUUCUCCCCCAGCACCGCCUCCCCAUUCACCAGCUUCUCAUGCCAUGAAUUACACCCUGGGUGCUUGGGUGGUCUCAACAUCUGUUUUCCUCUGCUUCAUGAGAGAGAGCUAGUCCCCUCCCAGGUAAAGCAGUGGAGCUGCCCAGUCCCAGAGUUCAUUCCAUUGUGAAAAGCCGAUAAAGGGAGACUUGGAAAGGGGCAGAGACUGCUCCAUGAUUAUAGAAAAUAGAGCCAGCUUGAGCGCUGGUCCAGGUCUCCUAACCCUGCUCAAUGGGCUCCCCCCCCCCAUGCAGGCAGCUGGGAGGGGAUACCCCCUCCCCCACUCUUAACUCCUUCACCUCCUAAAUACCACAGGAGACCACUCCUCUAAUGAUUGGCCUUGGGGAGUGAAAGAGCACAGACUCUCACCCAGGGGUCGGGUGUGGCAGAAAUGACCUCUCCCUGCUGGUGUGUUGCUGGUUAGGAACUGGGCUUUCUGAACAGGCGCUCUGAAGACUCAGUUAUGUGAUCUUCUGGUCAAGGGACCUCACUAUGGUAUGUGCCCUUGAGCCCAGGAGGGGGAGAAGAUCCGGGCUGCCAUGGUGGGGCAGAGUGAGGGGGGCAUCAGUUCCUGCUUCUCCUGUUCUGUUUACAGACACGCUGCUGUCCUCCCCGGACAAGGGGGAGCAGGCAGGAGACAGCGCCAAGGUGGCACGAGGCUGGCCAUGUGCCUGGUCCGAAGCAGGGUUUGAGGCAUGCCAGAUACCCGGAGGUGCUACUCUGAGGACCCAAGCCCCCAACAGAGUAUCUUGCAGGCUUUGCAAGCUGACCUCUGACCUGAGAGCAAGCAGAAUCUGGGUACCCCAACCCCCGUCCUGGACUCACUGCCCCCACCACCACCAGUGAGUCUUGGCUCCGCUUAUAGCAUCUGACGCCAGAGGGGCUGAAAAUAGCCCCUGGAGAAGGGGGAGACGGGGGAGAAGGGGGCUAUUUAAAGGGCUCCGGAGGAGCAGGGCACAGCAGAGGGAGCAAGAAGGAAUCAUGGCCACUUCAGAGCUGAGCUGCCAGGUGUCUGAGGAGAACCAGGAACGCAGGGAAGCCUUCUGGGCUGAGUGGAAAGACCUGACUCUGUCUACGCGGCCGGAAGAGGGAUGCUCCCUGCAUGAGGAGGAUACACAGAGGCGUGAGACCUACCACCGGCAGGGACAGUGUCAGGCCGUGGUACAGCGCUCGCCAUGGCUGGUGAUGCGCCUGGGUAUCCUUGGCCGUGGGCUGCAGGAAUAUCAGCUACCGUACCAGCGGGUGCUGCCCCUGCCCAUCUUCACCCCCACCAAGGUUGGAGCCGCCAAGGAGGAGCGCGAGGAGACCCCCAUCCAGCUGCGGGAGCUGCUGGCCCUGGAGACAGCCCUGGGCGGCCAGUGCGUGGAGCGCCAGGACGUGGCUGAGAUCACCAAGCAGCUUCCCGCUGUGGUGCCCGUCAGCAAACCCGGGCCCCUGCGGCGUACCCUGUCCCGAUCCAUGUCCCAGGAGGCUCAGAGAGGCUGAGGUGGACUGUGUGACUCAGGCUCUGCUGUGUCUGUCUUGGGCUGGACACUUCCUGGCUAGGACAAUGGAGGAGAGCUGCUGGCCGUGGCUGCUUUUGUAGUUUGCCCAGAGGUGGGGGCUAUGGGAUGGGGAGCCAGAGGCCAGGAUGCCUAGGUGUCCUGAGUUCCCACAGGGAGGGGAGCGAGGAUGGCGAGCACUAGGGGUGGAGAGCUGAGCACCAGUCCCAGAAGAAGGGACAAGAGAUGCUGGAGAGAGGAGAGGCCCCUGGAAACGGCCUGUUCGGUAACAGAUGGCGUAGGAGAAGGCAGGAUGUGGAGUGCUCCGGGGAGGAGGCUUGGAGACUGGAAAGGAGGGGGAUGUGAAGAGGGUGGAAGCGGGCAGGCCCCCAGCACCCUCUGUUAGCACCACAAUAAAUGCUCAGCCACGUUC